CUGGAAAUUCCAGACGUCAUUCGUCGUGGCUGUGGUAGGGGAGUCGCUUGUAGACGCGCCGAUACCUCGCGAGUGUGCCUUUUAGUCUUCGUUUAGCAACGAAAGAGCAAGAUCUUAAACAUUAUGGAUCUGUGGACUUUGACGCUAUUAACUGUGGCCAUUUAUACUAUUUACUACUACUUUAAAAAAACUCUUGGAUAUUUCGAAAAUUAUGGUAUUCCAUACGUAGCAGGAUGGCCAUUGUUGGGUAACAUGGCAGCUCCUUUCUUCCGCCGAAAGCAUAUCUCGGAAACCGUGAUCGACCUGUAUAACACUCAUCCCAAUGCUAAGUACAUCGGUGUUUUUGACUUUGUGCGUCCUAUAGUCAUGAUUCGAGAUCCAGAUCUGAUUAAAUCCAUCACAAUCAAAAAUUUCGAAAAUUUUCCGGAUCACAAGGUUUUUAUAGACGACAAGCUCGACCCUCUGUUCGGUGGAAAUCUAUUUUCGAUGGCCGGCGAACGAUGGAAAGAGGCAAGAAAUUUAUUGACUCCUGCUUUCACUUCCAGCAAGAUGAAAGGGAUGCACGAGUUAAUGGUGGAGUGUGCAAAAAACUUCAUCAAUUACUUGAACGGACUGCCGGAUAAAGACAAGAAAAUGGUGGGAACGAAGGAUUUAUUUACGAAAUUUACGAAUGAUGCUAUUGCUACUUGUGCUUUUGGAAUCAAUGUCGACUCUCUGAAAGAUCCGAAAAACGAGUUUUAUGUGCUAGGCAGAGAGGCUACCAAUCUGGAUGGUAUAAUGACGCUGAAAUUUUUCAUCGCUCGAUCCUUUCCGUAUAUUAUGAAAUUGUUUAAUAUACGAUUUGUUAGUGAUCAUGUUGCUAAAUUUUUUGUAAAUACCGUUGAAAACAUGGUGAAAAUACGGGACGAAAAGGGCAUCAGCAGACCAGACAUGAUACAGCUAAUGAUGAACGCACGAGGAAAAACUAGUGAAAAUUUGAAAUUAGACCUCACUGAAAUGACUGCUCAAGCAUUCAUUUUCUUUUUCGGAGGAUUCGAUACUACUUCCACGCAAAUGUGCAUUAUCGCACACGAGUUGGCUAUCAACCCGAAAAUACAGAAAAAAUUGCAAGACGAAAUCGAUGAGGUGAUGCAGAAAAGUAAUGGCAAUCCGUCGUAUGACGAUAUACAAGGGAUGCUAUAUCUCGACGCUAUUUUCAAUGAAUCGAUAAGAAGACAUACUCAAGUACCAUUCAUCGACAGGUUGUGUACUAAACCGUUUGAAUUACCGCCUAGUUUACCCGGAGGGAAACCAUACACUGUACCCGUAGGCAUGAACGUCUGGGUACCAGGGACGGCAAUACAUAAAGAUCCAAAAUACUUUGAUAACCCACAAACAUUCGAUCCGGAAAGGUACUACGAUAAGAAGGUGACCCUCAAUGACGUAUUGAAUCUCGGCUUUGGCAUUGGACCAAGAGCAUGUAUUGGCAAUCGAUUCGCUAUUUUGGAGACAAAAGUAUUAUUGUGUUAUAUAUUAAGCAAAUUCAAUUUGAAACCGAAUAAAAAAACCUGUUCGCCUCUGGAGUACAGUAAAAGCACUUUUAGCGUGACAGCCAAGGGUGGAUACUGGUUGACCAUUGAAGAAAGGAACUGAAGACAGUAUGAAUCAUAUACUCCGCACGCGCAUGCUCAAUUAAUUUACACAAUGGCUCUAUGGACUUAUACUCUGUUAGCAGUAGCUAUUUAUAUUUUCUAUGAAUACGUGAGAAAAAAACGUAGUUACUUCGAUGAUCGAGGAGUGCCUUGUGUGCCAGGAUGGCCUCUUUUUGGUAAUAUGUUUAGCGCUUUUUUGCGACUCAAACAUAUUACCGAGGCGACAUGGGACUGGUACAUCGCUUAUCCAGAUGCCAAAUACGUGGGCGGAUUUGACUUUAUGAAACCGAAUCUCAUGAUACGCGAUCCAGAAUUGAUAAAGACAAUCGCGAUUAAGAAUUUCGAUAGUUUUCCGAACCACGAUCAGUUCGUCGAUAGCGACGCGGAGCCACUUUUCGGAGGUAACUUAUUUAGCUUGACCGGAGAAAAGUGGAAGGAAGCCAGGAAUUUGUUAACUCCAGCAUUUACAACGAGUAAAAUGAAGGCUAUGCAUGAGUUGAUGGUUGACUGCGUGAGAAAUUUCAUUAAUUACUUGACGGAGCUGCCGGAUGACGCAAGAAAAAUGAUCGCUACCAAGGACGUGUUCACCAAGUUCACUAACGAUGCCAUUGCUACGUGUGCUUUUGGAAUCAGUGUCGACUCUGUGAAAAAUCCCAAUAACGAUUUUUACGUUCUCGGUAAACAAGCGACCAACUUCGACGGUCUUGUUUCCAUCAAGUUUUUACUUUUUCGAUUGUGUCCCACUGUAAUGAAAUGGUUUAAAAUCCGGUUAUUCGGCGAUCGUGUGUUUAACUUUUUCCAGGAUAUUGUUAGAAAAACGGUGCAGAUGAGGGACGAAAAGGGAAUUAGUAGACCGGACAUGAUUCAAUUGAUGAUGAAUGCAAGAGGAAAGACGAGCGAAAACUUAAAACUGGAUAUUAUAGAGAUGACCUCGCAAGCUUUCGUCUUCUUUUUCGGUGGUUUCGACUCGACUUCCACUCAAAUGUGUACUAUGGCUCACGAGCUGGCAAUUAAUCCGCACAUUCAAAAGCGAUUGCAAGAAGAGAUUGACGAUAUUAUAGUGAGAUGCGGCGAUAAUCCAACUUACGAAGAUAUUCAAGGAAUGCCAUACCUCGAUGCCAUUUUCUCGGAAACUCUAAGAAGACACACGCCGUUUGGUUUCCUGGAUAGAGUUUGCGUAAAAUCCUUCGAACUUCCUCCCGCGACACCGGAUGCUAAUCCAUUUACUGUUCCCGAGGGAAUGGUUGUGAUCAUUCCAUCCAGUUCGAUACACAGAGAUCCAAAAUACCACGAUAAUCCAGACGUAUUUGAUCCAGAUCGCUACUACGAGAAGAAGGUGACGAUUAACGACGUCACGAAUCUUGGUUUUGGGAUUGGGCCUAGGAGUUGUAUUGGAAAUAGAUUUGCUAUUUUAGAGACGAAAAUCUUAUUUUUUUAUAUGCUUAGUAAGUUUACCUUGAUUGCGAAUGAAAAGACUUGUAACCCUCUGAAGUAUAGUAAAAGUAGUUUUAAUAUUAAACCUGAGGGCGGAUUCUGGCUCGACAUUGUAGCUAGAAAUUAAAAUGUGAUUUUUUAAGCUGUAAUCAUUGUCGAUGGUUAAUUGUUGCUAUUAAUACUAUCGUGUAAAUAAUUAUCACUAUGGUUGUGGUAUGUAUAAUAGCAAUAAUAAAUAUCUAUAAAUAAAAAUA